GUGAUUUCUCUCCGUCACUGAUUCAAAGAGAGAGAUCACACGCAGAAGGAGAUAGAAAUAAUUUAACCAGAAAAGAUUUGCGUAUCCUCGAACGCGUUUGUUUAUCGCGAACGUUUCCGCGCGUUAUCUCUCGAAGGCGUCGUUAGCGAUACACGCUGACCCGAAACCGACUCUGUGACUCCUGCGAUAAAAUCCUCCGGAACACUAUCGGCUCACUGAAAACGGAGCGCACGUCCGUCAAUCUCUUCACCAGUGUUCGUCGGUGUUGACGAGCGAGAACAUUCGCGACAGUCUCGAAUCCGCUGGUGAGUAAUCCACGAUCUGCUCGCGAAUCGGAUCCGUCAUAGAGCGCGUCACGCAGAUCGAUUCUGUGACUAAUCGAUCUAUUAUUGUUCGGUUACGUAAUUAACAUAUUCUCCCUCGCAUAGAACAGCUCUCAGGCAUGAAUAGUGUAUUUAAAUAAGAAUCUUGCUAUCAUCUCAACGCUGAUCGCAACGAUCAUAACAAUAUAAUUAACUGCGUGUCACGAUUAAUAACAUGUUGUGAACAUUAUGGAAAUUUAGUUCGUCUCGCGAUUUUGAGAUACGGUUAACAUUAUGAAAUUCAAAUUCCAAAUUGUGGAAUAUAUUUUGCAUGUAUAAUACGCAUCUACACCACUUAACCACUUAAUGAAACAUAAAACAUCGCUUGGAGCACGCAUUGAUAAUGAUUCUGUUCCAGUUUUAAGCUUUAAAUAUUUCUGUCUAUUACAAAUACAGAAAUUACUUUUUAUAUGAAUGUCUGAAGUUAAUUUAACAGUUUAGUUAAUUAGAUUAAAUUUGAUAAAUUAUGCUUAAAUUUGAUAAAGACAACAAAUAAUCUUAAAAAUUCAAAUUCAAUGAAAUCUUUCUCGUAGAAAACAUAAUGUCUAUCUAUUGUGAAAUAACCGAGAUAUAUCUUGGAUAUUUCACAAUAGAUAGACAUCAAGAGCAUGAAUUUAGCUUAUAAACAGCAACAUUGUCGUUGCACAAAUUCAAACUGUUACAACUGAAAUAUCUUGAAAACGAAAAAUUAUAUAAAAUCAAAGAAACGAAUCAAAGUGCAUUUCAAAGCUAAAAAUUGAUACUUUCGCAUGCCAUUAGUAAAUUAAAAAAAAAAUUUGAUUCUAUGAUUCUACUAUAACGUGAAAACUUUUAAAAUUGUUAUUUUUUUUGUUUCUUUGAUGCUAUUUUUCUCGAAAUUGUAACGUGAUAGUUAAAUUUUGACAACGGAUUUAUAUUUAGCGGGAAAAAAUAUAUCGAAAAUAACUAUUUAUACUCGUGACGAAAGAAAAAGUCAAAUUUUAUCGGAUAAUGUGUGUUAUAUAGGAAAAAAACUAUUUUCAAAUUGUACUUUGAAAAUGAGAAGUCAUAUUGAAACAAAUCAAAGUACAUCUUAAAGCUAAAGAUUGAUACUUAAUGUGCCAUUAUUGAAAUUUGAAAAAAAAGAUUUGAUACCGAAAUUAUAACGCCAUGAAAACUUUCAAAAUCAUCGUUUUUUUUUCCUUUUCGACGUCAUUGUUCUCAAAAUUGUGACGUGGUGAUAGUCAAAUUUAGAUAGCGAAUUCGUGUUUAGUGGGCAAAACUACGUCGGAAAUCACUAUUCAUGUUAUAAAAUGAUGUUGGACACUGUUAUCAAAGAAUGAUACGACAACAAACUGCUAAAUUAAGAUUAACAUGGAAUAAGAAUGUAGAUAUAUAUAAAGAGUGAACAUAUUAAGAACGUAGAUAAACGUAUGACUUCAAAGCUUACACGGCGUUAUGAGGAUUGAGCAAUCGGAUUUGACCGUGAGCGAAGUCACCCCGAAGCACCAGAGGUCUGCAAGCAGUGUGAAAGGAUCAACGGCAUCAUAAAAGAAGCUGCGCUGCGCGACGUUUGCCAUUCCGCGAAUUAUGUCUGACGAAGAUCCGCUCAUCAAUCGCGCGAGUUUCCGGUUUCUCUUUCACAAACGAUACGAAUGCGUUCCUGCAAGAUUCACCUCUCGCCUCGUGUUACACGCGCGCGGCGACAUUAAUCGUGCAGCGAGCGAAGUACGCAUUGACAAAUCAAGCGGGCCGGAAGCAACAGCACGAUAUUCCAAAAUGUUAUUUUUAAUAUUGACGGCGUGUCUCCUCGCCGUGACUCACGCCGGAUGUCCCAUGAGGCCGACUGUGGAACAAACUUCCUCAGGCAGGACGCCGGGCGACGGGGGUUAUAGAAUUCUCAUCAGCGGACAGACAAACGGAUACGUCCCGAAUGCAGUACAUACAAUCAGCCUGCAAGGGUCGCAAACGCAUGAGAGAUUACAGCAAUUUACAAGAUUCACGCUCACGGUGCACUCGCAGCACGCGCCAAAUAAUCCUUCGGCUCGCAUCGGUUAUUUCCAGCUGUUUCCUGAUUCCUUGACUACCUUCAACGAGGACUGCAUCAACACGGUCUCAGAGACAACCGAUUAUCCCAAGUCUGAGAUCCAAGUGAUGUGGCGGGCGCCUCAGGCCGGCUCUGGAUGCGUCAUUUUCACCGCGAUGAUUUUGGAGAACAACGUACGAUGGUACGCGGAAGACGGCGGUCUCUCCAAAACUGUUUGCGAAUCAACAGGCACGGAAACUUCGAACGAGACCAGAUGUUGUGCUUGCGACGAAGCGAAAUAUUCACUAACUAUGGAGGGCAUCUGGUCGAAUAGAACACAUCCGAAGGACUUUCCAUUUUCCGCCUGGUUGACUCAUUUUAGCGACGUUAUCGGUGCGUCGCAUGAACCAGGCUUUUCCUUCUGGGGUAGAGAUCAUAUCGCGACGGAUGGUUUUCGGCAAUUAGCCGAAUGGGGUUCUGCAACGGGCGUGGAAGCAGAAUUAAGAGAAAAAUCCAGACAGCUUAGAACGCUUAUUAAAGCCGCUGGACUUUGGUAUCCGAAUGUUAAUACUAAUACGACAACGAGCUUCAGCGUAGAUCGAAAACACCCUCUUCUAUCAGUAGCUUCAAUGUUGGGUCCAUCUCCCGACUGGGUGGUAGGAGUGAGCAAAUUGAAUCUUUGUCAGAAGGACUGCACCUGGGCAAAAAGUAUGAUAAUUGAUCUUUAUCCUUGGGACGCCGGCACCGACAACGGCAUCAGUUAUAUGUCACCGAAUUCCGAGACAAAACCACGCGAGAAGAUGAGGCCGAUAACGACGCUUUAUCCGGAAGAUCCGCGAUCACCGUUUUACGAUCCGUCCGGGAAACCCAUGCAUCCAUUAGCGAGAUUGUACUUAAAUCGGGAGAAAAUUAUUCAACGCGGAUGCAGCGAGGAAGUUCUGCAGCAGCAAGUAGCCGAAUUGGAAGUCGCCGAAAACACCGAGGAUACAUCGAGACCGGAGUGCCAAACGACGGAUUACUCGCCGUGGUCGUCGUGUUCGGUGACCUGUGGUAAAGGCUUAAGGAUGCGCACGAGGUCGUACAGAAUGCCGGAGAAAGCGGCUAUGUUUAACUGCAAUAGGCAGCUGGUCUCGAAGGAGAUGUGCGUCGCGUCAAUUCCAGAAUGCUCGGGAGAGGAAGAGAACGACGACGACGCGAUUUUGUCGCGACUCGAAAGUGAACUACCAAUUUAUUCAAUUUCCGUAUUUCUAAAAACAAUCUCCCUUUGGCGAUCAAGAUUGAAUUGUCAGUUUCUGGAACUCGCUAUAUUUCUCAUUUCUUCAGUCGUAUGCAUGGAAGACGCGGAUCCCGGCCCAUGCAGGGGCUACUUCCAGAGAUGGGCUUUCAACCCGCGCAAAUUAAUGUGCACGCCCUUCGCGUACGGUGGUUGUCGCGGCAAUCGGAACAACUUCCUGACGUCGGACGAGUGCAGCAACACCUGCGGCGUCGUACGAGCUGUUCUUACCGGCCAGGCCUUUAACGAGACUAUAAACCAAGAUGAAACGCUCACCGACUCGUUGAAUCCUCCUCAUCUUCCCGUGGAUUGCGUGGUGACCCGUUGGUCAAAUUGGUCACCGUGUAGUGUCACUUGCGGCGUUGGUCGCGUCACAAGUUACCGCACAAUCCAGCGAGAAGCUGCGUACGGCGGCCGACCCUGCCCGAAGAAGCUGCAUCGUCGUUAUCGUUGCGAACUGGCGCCGUGUGAAUGAUAAAUCAACGGGAUGCCGAUGCAAACUCGAUGGCAUUUAAGCUAGGAUUAAUAUGUAGCUGUAGAUGAUGUCUUAAGGAUUACUCAGGCAAAGGAUCUGUCAGAAAAAGAUAAUUUAAUUACAUCUGUAAAGAGGUAAAUCUCUGUAAAUUUUUUAAUCUUAGAACGUACGAGACCUAAUGCCAUGUACACGAAUGCAUAACGUGGAUUAUUGUGCCCCGUGCGCAAUUUGAUUUUUUUUUAUUUCCGCAUUUUCUUUUUUCGCUUACGAUUCCUUCUCUGCCGAAAAGCGCCAUGGUGAAGAAAAUAAUUUCGUUUGUAAAAAAAA